GCACAGCAAGAGAGUUUCAUGGCAAUUGUUUCCGUGUUCGCUUGUUAACUCUCUGACGCAUAUACAGUGUUAUUGAUCUUUCGUGGGCCGCAGAGAGUGAGUUUUAUGUCAUAUAGGAAAAGAACGUGAAAGAAUAUGGACUCGUGGUAUCUGCUUUACUGUCGACUUUAAAAAAUACAACAGCGGAUAACUGACACUGCGCAUGCGCUAUUUAAUUCCGCACUCUCAGUCACUCAUCUUGAGUGGGGAAGUUGAAGCGUGGCUCUUCGGUAAAAGUUUGCAGGAGUAACAGCCAGAAAGUGACACAAAACUCUGGUAAGCUAGUCCUGUGUGAGAAGAUGAGACUGAGCGCUGCUGUCCUGCUCUGUGUCCUCCUGCUUUGGGUUGACGGGUCCCGGGGGGACACACCUGCUAACUGCACCUAUGAGGAGCUGCUUGGGACAUGGGUGUUCCAGGUGUCCAAAGGAGGACAUGACAGAACAGUCAACUGCUCAGCUGAAGCUACAGGUGAGGCCACUGUGACCGUGACCCUGGAGAAACUGUCUGUAGCCACAGAUGAGCUGGGGAACACGGGCUUCUUCACCAUCAUCUACAACCAGGGCUUUGAAGUGGUCAUCAAUGGCUACAAGUGGUUUGCCUUUUUCAAGUAUUCUGAGGAGGGCACUCAAGUAACCAGCUACUGUGACCAGACUUUGCCAGGAUGGGUCCACGAUGUCCUGGGAAACAACUGGGCCUGUUUUGUGGGGAAGAAAGUGAAAGCAGUGCCACCCCAUAAAGAUUUUAAACCACUUUAUAGCACUGGGCAGCUCCAGAAGCUUUUCAGAAACAACCCAGACUUCAUCAAUUCCAUCAACUUGAUUCAGAGUUCCUGGAAGGCUGCGCCCUACCCAGAGCAUGAGAUGUACACUCUACAGGAGCUGUACCACAGAGCAGGGGGGCCUGCCUCACGUAUCCCAACGCGUGUUCGCCCCAAGCCUGUGAAAGCUGACAUGGUCAAGUUGGCAGCUGGUCUACCUGAGCAAUGGGACUGGAGAAAUAUAAAUGGGGUUAACUUUGUAAGCCCUGUGCGAAACCAAGCAUCAUGUGGCAGCUGCUACUCCUUUGCCACCAUGGGAAUGCUCGAAGCUCGCAUCCGAAUCCUCACCAACAACAGUGAGACUCCCAUUCUCAGCCCGCAGCAAGUGGUCUCUUGCUCUGAAUAUUCUCAAGGUUGUGAUGGUGGAUUCCCUUACCUGAUUGGAAAGUAUGUACAGGAUUUCGGCUUGGUGGACGAGUCAUGCUUUCCAUACGUUGGAAGAGACACCCCCUGUGGCAUCUCUCAAGCGUGCAGCCGUGUUUACGCGGCGGAAUACAACUAUGUCGGGGGAUUCUAUGGCGGAUGUAGUGAGAUGGCUAUGAUGUUGGAACUGGUAAAGAAUGGACCUAUGGGAGUGGCCUUUGAGGUCUACCCUGAUUUCAUGCACUAUAAAAAGGGAAUCUACCACCACACAGGCCUCGCAGACAUCUACAAUCCCUUCGAGCUGACGAACCAUGCCGUGCUGUUGGUGGGUUACGGCCGCUGCCACGUGACUGGACAGAAGUACUGGAUUGUCAAGAACAGCUGGGGCACAAGCUGGGGCGAAGAUGGCUACUUCCGCAUCCGCCGGGGAAGUGAUGAGUGUGCUAUUGAGAGCAUUGCAGUGGCAGCCAGCCCCAUCCCUAAACUGUAGCUGGGUGGGAGGGAUGGCCAUACUGAUGAAGAGUCUCAAUAGAGCAACUUAUUCUCCAUGUAGCUUACCUGAUUUCAAUGUGUGCUUGAGGAAAAUUCAAAGCAGUAAUCUGUAACUUUGUUCAGCAAAUAAGUACUCUCAAAUGAAAAUCUAAACUAGCAUGUUUCUGAUUUAAUGACGGUUCUUAAAGCCAGAAAUGGCACAUUAAAUUCAUAUUCUUAA